UGUGGCACUGAUAGGAGCAGUGCUUCCAGGUGCGAGCGAGGUGACCCCGGCUGCCAAAGGAGGGUGAGACAGAGCAGCUAUGGGGGCGCACCUGGCCCGGCGCUAUGUUUGGGACGCCUCGGUGGAGCCUGAUCCCCUGCAGAUGCCCAGCUUCUCGCCGGACUACGGCUUCCCGGACCGAAAGGAGCGCGUGAUGGUGGCCACGCAACAGGAGAUGAAUGAUGCCCAGCUGACCCUGCAGCAGCGUGACUACUGUGCCCACUACCUCAUCCGGCUGUUAAAGUGCAAGCGGGACAGCUUUCCCAACUUCCUGGCGUGCAAGCAUGAGCGGCAUGACUGGGACUACUGCGAGCACCUGGACUAUGUGAAGCGGAUGAAGGAGUUUGAACGUGAGCGGCGACUGCUCCACAGGAAGAAGCGGAGGGAAGAGAAGGCAAAACAGAUAGCCCAAGGCCACGGAGAAGGAGAGGUGGGCCCCGAGGUGGCCCUCUAGGGGUCACCCACCUGCCUGUGGACCUGUCAGUGAAAUAAAAGUUUUGGGUCACCUGUCCA